CUCAUUUGGUGGAACAUUGACGGAAUUGCACUUUUUUUCAAAAUUGAGUUAAGUAUGACAAACGGCUCGUAAGUGGUAAAUACGUUUGGAGAAACAAAGACAGAAAUCAGUUUCCGACUAUUUUUCGCGAGAUGGCGUGAUCGUCAAUGUUCUUUAGUGAACUUUCGUAAAGAUUUCGCGGCAACAUCGCCGUAACGGUCAGUUGCGCGGGGGGCUCCGUGAAGUGAUGACGUGUUUUGGUGCUACAUCGACGGAAAGAUUCAUUUUUUCGAUGUAUUUAUAUGCUGUCAAGAGUUUACGAAUUAACACAAUUACUCAUAAAUUCUUAAUUCGAGGACAUACCCAAAAUGAGGGAGAUACUGCUCACUCAAUCAUCGAAAAGGCUAUUAAAAGGGCAAAGAAGUCUGGACCAAUCUAUGUGCCCGAACAAUACCUUCAGAUUAUUAGGUCUGCAAAGAAAAUAGGAAAUCCGUUUAAAGUGAAAGAAAUGAAUUACGAUGAUUUCUACGAUCUUAAAAACUUGACUGAAGAAAUUGGACUGAAUACUACAAAAGACAUUCAAGGAAAUACAAUUAAAACGAAUGAUAUAAAAUUAAUUCAAUUUCAAAAGGAUGGCGAAAUUUACAAAUACAAAAAUGGAUAUGAUGAAGACUGGAUAGAAGUGGAAACAAAAAUUGUGAGAGCGAGAUCCAAGAGUCCAACAAAAGAAAUUCAAAAUAUAAGUUUAAAACCCGCUUACCGUAGUAAGAUACCUAUUGCUAUAAAAAAAAAAACGAUUUACGAGAAUUGAUUCAAAAAAAUAUUAUACCUGGAUACUAUUCUUCUUUUUAUGAGAGUAUUUUCAAUGCAUAAGUUACCUAGUAGGUAUUAUAAAAGUGAUAAAAAUGUUUAACAUUACAAGUUAUAAUAAGCUACUGAGCUGUGAUUUAACUACCAUUUCUUAUUGUUUAGUAAGUACAUAAGAUUUAAUGAUUCUCAAAGUUUAAUUAGUAAGUAAGUAAAAGCUCAAGUUUAAACUACCUACUACAAAAAGACUGAUUAGUGUUUUCUUCUUAAAUAAAUAAGUUUUCUUCAAGAUUUUGAUAAAGCGUUGUUUUAUUUUGUCAUAAAUGCAUAACAAUAUUCAUGGCCACGCUGCAGAAUUUACUAAGCCUUAGGGAUACAAUGACGGAAUUGUAGGUAUCUUAUGUUAUAGUUGACUAUA